CGCGGCCUCAACCAUGUCCCCCUGUGCGAAGAAUACGAGCGCAUGAUCUCCGGCAUGCUGUGAGUACGAUCACUCACGGCCUCGAGCUCCGUCCAGGCAUGGUCGCAUCGCGAGGCUGACCCCUUCCCCCUCAGCUACAACCCCCUCGUCCCCAAGCUGAUGGAGGGCCGGCACCGCGCCCGCGGCGUCGCGCAGGACUACAACAACCUCGAUGCCAAAUCCGUCCCCUACGAGAAGAUCGCGGACGUGCGGUUCGACCUGCUGCAGAAGAUCGUGGGCCACGUCGGGUCGGGGACCUUCAUCGAGCCCCCCUUCAACCCGGACUAUGGCUGCAACGUGAGCAUCGGUCGCGAUUGCUUCUUCAACUUCAACCCUCGACACCAGCCUGAUCAUCAUCGGCGAUCGCGUCCAGUGCGGCCCCAACGUCAACAUCUUCACCGCGGGCCACGACGUCAGCGUGCUCUCGCGCCGCAAGUUCGUCGAGUUCGGCCAUCCGGUGCGCAUCGAGGACGACUGCUGGAUCGGGGGAAAUGUUGUCAUCCUGCCGGGUGUCACCAUCGGUCAGGGCUCGACCAUCGGGGCUGGGUCCGUCGUCACCAAGGACAUUCCCCCGUUCUCCGUCGCGGUCGGAAACCCAUGUCGCGUGCGAAAGACUGUCCCCUCGGCGGAGGAGGAGGAGCAGGAUCCGAACAAUCCCUAUCGCAAUAUGGUGCGAGAGGAUAGACAAUAGAUGAGGGGGGAAGGGUGUUAGACCUGUGCACUUCAAGCCUGCGAGAAUCACGUUUCACGAUAAGUAGAGCAGAUUAUAUCUUGUCUAUAUCUCACGGAUCGAUAGAGAAAGCAUAAACUGCAUUAUACCUUGCC